UGUUAAUAUAAGGUUCAACUCAGCGUAUUUAGGAACAGACAGCAUAAUUGUUUAAAGUGUUUUGGAACUGAAGCUAACUCUAGACUUCAAUAUGAGGUUUUUUCUCCUUUUGGCUUUGAUAUCAAGCAGCCUUUUCCUCACUAGGGCUCUACAACCUCUUGGAAAAGGCUACAACAGCCACUGCAUGUGCUUGAAACUGGAGUCCAGGGUAAUCCCUCAACAAAGCCUGCGCAGUGUAGAAAUCUUUCCUAGAGGCUCUCACUGCAAGAAUACAGAGGUCAUUGCUGGCUUGAUGAGUGGAGAAAGGAUCUGCCUGAAUCCUCACACUAAGUGGGUUAAGAGUCUAAUCCUGUACAUUGAGAAGAAAGAAAUCAUGAUGAAGAAAGCAUAAAGGACAGAAAAAGCUGGAUGCCUGUGAGGAUGUGCUAUAUCAUGCACAUAAUCAGAUCAAACUAUGCAAAUCAUAAAUCAAUGUCAAUCAAAGAAUUAAAAAAAAAAUGGAGAUAUCAUAAUAAACAUGUGUCCUUGUCUUGCGAUACUGUAAAUGCCUGUGAGAUGAUUCAUUAUCAAUGUUACUUUAUGGAAAAUUGUUUAUAAAACAAAUAGAUUAAAAAUACGGCUGCUUCAUUGAUUAUAUGGAAAACAGAAUGCAUUGUUAAGAACCAUAAAUCCAUAAAUGAAGCUAUGAGAUCACAUAACCUAUAAAAACUGACUAACCUCUGGAUUUCAAAGUUUUUUACAAAUAAAAAUCUAAAAAAUG